CAGCUUUUAGAUGGCUUAAGCCGUGGAUAAACCGAGGCUAUCUAGUCUAGAGGAAUGGAUGGGCUUGACACAGUCUUCCGUCAAUACCACUGUCCUCAACUGGUUCUGACAAGAAAUGAGCUGCAAAUGUCUUUAGCUUAUUGCCUCUGGCUAGGUCCAGAAUUGCAGAUAUCCUGUGCUGUUUGAAGGUCAAUCUGUAUGCUUUCAAGAUGAAUAGGUUGGGCAACUUGGCUAGCCUCUUGUGAAAAUCGAGGCACCUAUCUGAAACCUUGAUUGGGUGGAAGGUCAUCCCCUCUGCAUAGGGGAUCGCCGGGAGCUGAGAGGCAAACCAGGGGUUUCUGCCCUCUUUCGUGAGUGUUGAAUGCUAGACACUCAAGCAGGAUCCUGCUAAAACUCUGCUGUAAAGGAGGUGCAUCAAAGUAGAAGUACAGAAGCCAGGUAGCCUGGUGAGGUCAAGGUCAAGAGCAGGGUUGUGCAUCCAUCCUUCUACCUCCCUCCUGCCGGUCUAGGUUUGUGAUUCAACACCAAUGAAGUUUUCUUUAGAGGCAGGUCAGCAGCAUUUCCUUAUUAGGCAAUCACCAAUAUGUGCUGGAUGCUUAUUUAAUGUCAGAAGCAUUAUGCCACACAUUGGUUUUACUGUUGUUUCCCACCUCAUUCAUUGUUUAUAUGACUUGCUCAGUAAUGUAGGGAUAAUGUUUUCUGAACCUGCAAUACACAUAACUCCUGACCAAUUGAGUGGUUGAUAUGACUUCAGAAAAGAACAUGUUUUCAGUGAUUCAGACAUGCCGUUGACUCAGGAGGACCCAUGCCAUUUAGCUGGGUUACCAAGAUUGAGAUGUUUUGAAGCUCUCACAUCUGAGGGUUGGUAGGUCCAUUAUGGGAAUCUGGCUGAGCAGCUGCAGGAACAGCUGAGGGUAAAGCAUCCGACCUCCCUGGCACUGUUCUGAGCAUUCUGCGUGUAUUAACUCAUAAAACCCUCACAACCCCGUGAGGUAGGUGCUGCUCUGUCGUUAUAGACGAGGAACCUGAGACCUGGGGGAGGUCAAGCAGUGUCCUCAGGCACUAGGUGGGUGUGAUGGAGCCAGAAUUUGAACCCAGGCAGCCUGGAUGCAGAAUCUCUACUAUUAAUCACCAUAAGGUGAUGAUAGAAUCAAACGGCAAUGUGAAAGUUGAAAAAAAUUAAAAUAAUGGUCUAAAUAGUCAAUAAACAUGAUUGUCCUUACAGGAUGUGCAGAUUAAAAACUGUGAGUCUCUCUUUCGUACCCAUCAGAUUGGCAAAAAUUUAAAAACCUCAUAACACCAAGUGUUUGAGAGGAUGUGGAACAAAGGAAACUUUCAUACUCGGCUGGAGAAAAGUGUAAAUUGGUGCAAUCACUGUGGAGAGCCAUUUGGCAAGGUGAAGAUGUGCGUACUCUGCCGCCCGCUUCUGGGCUACCCAAGAAGAUGUGUACGAGCCUUCAUUAGAGCGUUGUUUUUAAGAGUAAAGAAAUGGAAACAACCUAAAAGUCCAUCAGUAGGGGAAUGGAUAAAAUGAAUUAUGGUAUAUUCAUACAAUGGAAUUCUGUGCAGCAGUUAAAAUGAAUGCAAUGUUGAGUGAAAAAGCAAGUUGCAGAAUGAUUUGUACGAAAUGCACUUGGUGAUGGAAAGAGAGCUAUUAUUCUGAAGAACAAUUGGACAAAGGGUCAUUAUCGUUAUUGUGCUGCUCUUUCUAUGCUGGGGGAAUAUGACUGGGCCCUGCAAGCAAACAUAAAAGCUCAAAAACUCUGUAAAAAUGACCCUGAGGGAAUCAAGGAUCUAAUUCAGCAGCAUGUAAAGUUACAAAAACAAAUAGAAGACCUGCAAGGUCGAACACCAACCAGGAAUCCAAUUAAAGCCUUCUAUGAAAGCAGGGCCUACAUACCUAAUUUAUCAGCACCUGCAUUUAGUACUUCACUUAACUUUGUGGAGACAGAAAAAAAUUCCAGAAAAACUAACCACGAAAUGGCAAACGGUGGUAAUCAGAAUCCAAAGGUGGCAGAUGAAGCUUUGAAGGUAGAUGAUUGUGACUGUCAUCCUGAAUUUCUGCCACCAUCAAGUCAGCCUCCAAAAUAUAAAGGAAAACAAAAAUCCCGAAACAAUGAAUUGGAGAAGUUCAGUUCUGGUUCACAAGGGAGUUUACCAGUAGAUUUGAAAAACAUCUUGGAGAAACAGUUUUCUAAAUCCUCCAGAGCUGCACACCAGGAUUUUGCUAAUAUAAUGAAAAUGCUGAGAAGCUUAAUCCAGGAUGGUUACACGGCUUUGCUGGAGCAGCGCUGCCGCAGUGCUGCUCAGGCCUUCACAGAGUUGCUCAAUGGUUUAGAUCCUCAAAAAAUAAAGCAACUGAACCUGGCCAUGAUUAACUACGUCUUAGUAGUCUAUGGACUUGCCAUUUCACUCCUUGGAAUAGGACAGCCUGAGGAAUUAUCUGAAGCUGAAAACCAGUUUAAGAGGAUGAUUGAACACUACCCCAAUGAGGGACUUGAUUGCUUGGCCUACUGUGGAAUUGGAAAAGUGUAUUUGAAAAAAAACAGAUUUCUAGAAGCUCUUAAUCAUUUCGAGAAAGCAAGAACCUUGAUCUGUCGUCUUCCUGGAGUGUUAACUUGGCCCACAAGUAAUGUGGUUAUUGAAGAGACUCAGCCCGGGAAAAUAAAGAUGCUGUUAGAGAAAUUUAUUGAAGAAUGCAGGUUUCCUCCAGUGCCGGAUGCCAUCUGUUGCUAUCAGAAGUGCCGUGGAUAUUCCAAAAUCCAGAUAUACAUAACUGAUCCAGACUUUAAGGGUUUUAUACGAAUCAGCUGUUGCCAGUACUGUAAAAUAGAAUUCCACAUAAACUGUUGGAAGAAGUUAAAAACAACAACCUUUAAUGAUAAAAUUGACAAGGAUUUUCUGCAAGGAAUUUGUCUUACUCCUGACUGUGAAGGAAUCAUUUCAAAGAUUAUCAUCUUCAGCAGUGGUGGUCAAGUUAAAUGUGAGUUUGAACACAAAGUCAUUAAAGAAAAGGUUCCUUCAAGACCUAUUCUGAAACAGAAAUGUUCUAGCCUAGAGAAGUUAAGGCUGAAAGAAGACAAAAAAGUGAAGCGGAAGAUGCAAAAAAAGGAAGCAAAAAAAUUAGCGCAAGAAAGAUUGGAAGAGGACUUAAGGGAAAGUAAUCCACCGAAACCUGAAGAGCAGAGAGAAACUGUAGACAGUGUUCAGAGUUGCCAGUUCCUUGAUGACAGAAUUCUGCAGUGCAUAAAGCAGUAUGCUGACAAGAUUAAGUCCGGGAUACUGAAUACUUCCAAGCUUCUCAAAGAGUUGCUUUCUUGGAAGGUUUUAACCACAGAAGACUACACAACCUGUUUUUCUAGUAGAAAUUUUCUGAAUGAAGCAGUGGACUAUGUCAUUUGUCAUUUGGUUCAAGAAAAGAAUAGAGUAAAGACAAGGGUGUUUCUGCAUGUUUUGAGUGAACUUAAAGAAGUGGAACCAAAAUUAGCCACCUGGAUCCAAAAACUUAAUAGCUUUGGCUUAGAUGCCACAGGACCUUUUUUUUCUCGUUAUGGGGCCGCUCUUAAGGAGCUUGAUUUUAGCAUCAUGACUUUUCUCUGGAAUGAGAAAUAUGGUCAUAAACUAGGCUCUAUAGAAGGAAAGCAGCUUGAUUAUUUCUGUGAGCCAGCGUCAUUGAAGGAAGCACGAUGUUUAAUAUGGCUGCUGGAAGAACACAGAGACAAGUUCCCAGCACUGCAUAAUGCUUUGGAUGAAUUCUUUGAUAUAAUGGACAGCCGCUGCACUGUAUUAAGGAAACAGGACAGUGGUGAUGUGCCAUUUAAUUCUACCAAGAUAAAAAACAAAGGCAAGAAAAAGAAGCCAAAAGAUUCAAAGCCUAUGUUAGUUGGGUCUGGAACCACGUCAGUCACACCAAAUAAUGAGACUGUCACUUCAGGUGAAGACCAUAACAAACGCAAUUCAAAUUCUGCGGGCCCAUUUGUAGUGCCUGACCAUCUUCGUCACGAUGUAGAAGAAUUUGAAGCUCUGUAUGAACAGCACAGUAAUGAAUAUGUUGUCCGUAAUAAGAAGCUGUGGGACAUUAACCCAAAACAAAAAUGUUCAACUCUAUAUGAUUAUUUCUCUCAGUUGUUAGAGGAACAUGGUCCCUUGGACAUGAGUAACAAGAUGUUUUCUGAAGAAUAUGAGUUUUUCCCAGAAGAAACUCGACAGAUACUAGAAAAAGCAGGAGGUUUGAAAUCUUUUCUCCUGGGAUGUCCUCGUUUUGUUGUGAUUGACAACUGUAUUGCAUUGAAGAAAGUUGCGUUACGGCUUAAGAAAAAGAGAAAGAAGAAAAACAUUAAGACAAAAGUAGAAGAAAUUUCGAAAACAGGAGAGUAUUUACGAGUUAAACUACCGCUGAAUCCAACUGCUAGGGAAUUUAAACCAGAUGUGAAAUCCAAACCAGUGUCUGACUUAUCUUCAGCACCAGCUUCUGAGGAUGUGAAGCCCCACCUUACAUCUGCUAAUUCUCCCCAGUCACCUUGUGAAGCUGUGAAGCCGAAACUAAUUUCCGAUAAUUCUUCCAAAUCAGUUUCUGAGGAUGAGAAGCCCAAAGGGGUGUCUUCUGACUCUCCCAAACCAGUCUCCGAGGAGACAAGUCACAAGCAUGUCUCCUCUGAUCCUCCCAAACCAGUUACGGAGGAUGUGAAACCAACCUAUUGGACUCAACCCCAAUUGGUCACAGGAUACUGUACGUAUCUUCCCUUUCGGGGAUUUGACAUUACCCAGACACCACCAGCGUUUAUAAAUGUGUUACCGACUUUGCCCCAGUAUAGCAUUUACGCACCUCUGGCCAGAAUUUCUUCUGAAUAUCAGCUGCAAAGAUCAAUACCAGUGGUGCCGUCUUUUGUAGCCAGUGACAUAACAGAAGUGCAUUUUGAGGGCCAUUAUUUCAGUACUGAGAAUGCCCCUGGUAACCAGAUUGCCUCUGAAACACAGAUCCUUCAGGAAUCUUUGGAAAUACCAGUAAAGUCACAGUGCAUCACGGAUGGUGCUGAUACAGCCCAAAGUGAGUCUCACAGAACUGAUGACCACUGUGGAAAUUCUGCCAAGCAGGAAGUAAAACCAGAAAGCACCAAUGAAGUAACAGAUAUUCCACAUACACAAAUGGUUGCCGUACAGGUGUCUUGGAAUAUAAUGCAUCAAGAAGUCAAUACUGAGCCGUAUGAUCCCUUUGAGGCACAACCGGGGAGUAUUUCACAGAUUGAAAAGGAGUACCAGGCUUUACAAGAGCAGCUUAAGGAAGCAUGUGAAAGUUAUGAGCAGAGAAAUAUCAAGGGCUCAGAAGAAACCAAGGAUCUGGAAGAAAAGUUGAAAAGGCACCUAGAAGAAAACAAGAUCUCAAAGACAGAAUUAGAUUGGUUCCUCGAAGAUUUGGAAAAGGAAAUUAAAAAAUGGGAACAGGAGAAAAAAGAAAUCCAAGAGAGACUAAAGGCACUGAAGAAGAAGAUGAAAAAGGUUUUAAAUGCCAGUGAAAUGUAUACCCAGGAAAAUGCAGGAAAGGAAAAGGAACGUGAAUUACUUCUGGACCAGUCGUUUGAAAUCAGUAAUACAUUUAUGAAUGAGAAAAUGAAAAUAGAAGAGUGUAUAAAGAAAGAGAAAGAGCAUUAUGAAGAGAGUCUUCAAAGGGCUGUGGAUGCAGAGGUAUCUGUGCUCGAAAACUGGAAGGAGACAGAAGUAUAUAAGUUACAGACCAUGGAGUCACAAGCCGAAGGGUUUCUUAAGAACCUGAAGCUAAUGAGCAGUGAUUCUGCAGCAUAUCCUGUCAUGGAAUCUGACAUACAUUCAUGGGAAUCAUUUCUUUCUAAUGUUAGAGAAGAAAUUGAGAAAGCAAAGUCUCAGUUUGAAGAACAAAUUCAAGCAAUUAAAAAUGGUUCUCGGCUCAGUGAACUUUCUAAAGUGCAGAUUUCUGAGCUUCUGUUUCCUGCCUGUAACACAAUUCAUCCCAAGUUACUUCCUGAGUCUUCAGACCAUGGUGAUCAAGGCCCCUCCACUUCUACAAGUCACAGGACUGGAGACCGAACAGCAGUUCCCGAGGAAUCUAGUCUGGUCUCUGCUACUGAUGGCCCAGUGGAGUCGCCCUCCUGUGAGCCAGAAGCCGGCCGGCUGCCAGAGCGUGAGAGCGCCGGCCGGGCAGCUCGGUCAGAGCCAAGCCCGGCGGCGGAUCAGAAGUUACCUGGUGCUCCAGGACGUGCCACCCGUUCAAGCCCGUCUCCAAAGAAGCCGUUCAAUAGUAUUAUUGAGCACCUGUCAGUGGUGUUCCCCUGUUACAGCAGCACCGAGCUUGCUGGUUUUAUUAAAAAAGUGAGAAACAAAAACAAGAACUCACUCUCUGGAUUGAGUAUUGACGAAAUUGUCCAAAGAGUGACAGAACACAUUCUAGAUGAAGAGAAAAAGAAAAAGCCAAAUCCAGGAAAGGACAGGAGGCCGUCUGAGCCCAGCUCUACUGCUUCUGUGACCAGGGCCACCCAGGGCCCGCCCUCCGUGGUGGUUGGAUCAUCACCCACAAGCAAGGAGCAGAAGACAGACGACGUCUCUGUGUCCAGUGCAAAUUCCUGUGAAAUAUGCCUAGGAGUGUUCAAAUCCAAAAAUGUACGUGUGCUGAAAUGUGGGCACAAGUUUCACAAAGGGUGCUUCAAGCAAUGGCUUAAGGAGCAGAACGCUUGCCCAGCCUGCCUGGCUCGUGAUCUCCUGUCCGAAGAGUAGCCUGCCCUUCCGGAAGAGGCCCCCCCACUAUUCUAGGUAGUUACAAUUCACUAAAGGGUACUGUUUGUUGACUUGGAAGAAUAACAAUAUACUACCUUUGAUAUAAAAAGCAACACGUGAAGAUUCUUUGCACCGUGUGUCUAAUAAAUAGAAAUCUUUAAUACAGUUGACAGGAAGUCAUCUCCCAACUCUGACUAGCCACUUAAUAAUCGCCAAAUGGUGGCUGAUAAAAGUUAUGUGUAACCACAUCCUUAUAUUGCUGGGGCUGCUGCAGAGGUGCUCUCUGAGAUGGAAGGAAAAUAUGGUGAGUGCCUCAAAGCAGGACUUAAAUUAUAAGUAUCCUUGACCUUUUAAAGUGCCCCACGUUAAAGUUUUCUGAGAUCAGUAUUCCUAAACAAAUGCCUACAUUUUUCCUUAAAGAUUCUGCAUUUUAAAAAAUGGGCUUAAGCAAACCACAUUUGAAUAGGUUGUAGUUGAUGUUAAAAUAUUGGCUGAUUCAGACCAAAAGAUUCAUUCAUUCAGAUCUCCUCUUCAUGUGAUUUUGAUUUUUCAUUUCAUUAUUUUAUUUCUCCCCAGUAGAUUUAUAAGUGCUUGUUUUUCAUAUGUUAAAGACAUAAUGAUUUUUGAAAAUCACACAAAAAACUUAUUAACAUCAGCCAAGACUUUUUUUAACCCCUAAAAUUGAGGCUCCUUAUCCAUUAUCCCAGCCCCACAUUGGGAACUUACUCUGAACACUUUUCUAUUCUCAUUAGUGAUGUUGUCCCUCUCUAUGAGUUAGACAACAAGUGUUUGGGUGUCUCUCUCUAGCACACAGUGGGCACUUUCCUUAUCCUACCACCAAAAAGAGACACUUGUGUAAUUAGACAGUCCUAAGGUGUCCCUGUUACAAUUGUUCGGUGUUUGACAUUUGUGUAAAGUAAUGCAUGCUGUCUUGUACUGUGGCCUGAGAACAAAACUGUAACUGCAUUAGAAACUGUUAAAAAAUUAGUUCUCUUUAGUGACUUCAUAGGCAGUGGUAGUAAAUACAGAAACAUGAAUUCUGGACACAUUCCAUUUCUCUCAAACAGGAAGGGUCCAAAAAUGUUUUUCCACGUGUUCUUUGUUACACCCUAGAAGCUCACAGCCCCAAGUUCAUGAGCUGAUUUGGUCACUUCCCUCUGCUUUGAUUCCCUGUGAGUUUUGAUGUCUUAGUGACUUAGUGCGUAGAAGCUUCCUCCAUAUUUUGAAGCAGGUCCCUAAAGCAUUGUCUGCAUGUUCAGAAUAACUGAGGACUUGUAGGUAUGAAGGUACACAGGGCCCAGUUUGUAGCAGCAGGAACAAAGGGAAAGAAGAGCACCUGGAGAGAAAGAGAACGUGGUUUGUACAUAACUUCAAGCAAAUACUUGUGAACACGCCUUACACGUGUCCUGUAAGUGUCGAAAUAAAAAGCAUUCUAAAAUAA